AUGGCGAAGAAAGGAAAAAAGAGCACGAGACCGAGGGCGCAGGAUAGCGAAGGGUUGGGUAGAGAUAUAGAGGCAAGUAGUGGUGUAGAGAGUGGCGAUGUUGUGGGGAAGGAUGGGUUUGAUAUUGCAGAUGAACUUGUUGCUGUUCUUGAUGCUAGAGAUGCGAAGGAUUGCGUAGGUGGUUCUAGUCAUACUCGAGCGACGAGUAUUCGCAAACUUUUCUCUGGCAGUUGCAAAAGUGACCAAGCUUGCCAUGUAGAUGGAGGAUUGGUGGAGAAGAAAGUUAGUCGGCAACAGCAGAGGAGAGAACGUAAGGCUGCGGAAAUGGCGUCGAUCAAACGAGAGGUGGAAGAAGAGCUUAGAGGUCGCUCGUCGCAACCGGGUCAGGCUGAGUUGGAACGGCUUGGUAUUUCAUCCAUGUGUUGCGCUCUGGGUUUGAGCAUGUAUGAAAUCCAGCCUGAUGGUCAUUGUCUCUAUGCUGCUGUUGCUGACCAACUGAAUCUGCACCAGAAGGUAGAUCGACCUACAGACUUCAAAGCAACUCGCCAAGCAGCUGCCAAAGAAAUGCGAACCCAUCCCGAACAAUACAAACCCUUCAUCUCUGACUCGGACGAACACAUGGCUGGCAUCACCACCCCCCAAACCGCCACCACCAUCUCGAAAGAUACGCAAGACCAGCACUUUCUCGCCUACUGCGAUGCUGUCCAAAACACCGCUGUCUGGGGUGGCCAACCUGAAAUCCUCGCACUCUCACGUGCCUUCCGAACACCGAUCCACAUUGUACAGGCUGGCCUACCCGUCUUGAAGGUCGGCCAGGAGGAGUUCGAGAAUGACACCAAGCCUUUGUUCAUUUCCUACCACCGAAAGAUGUAUGGAUUGGGCGAGCAUUAUAAUUCCCUCCGACCACAGCUGUCCUAG